GAAGAACACUUGCCGGACCAGGUUCAUCAACCUCCAACCACUCACCAAAGCUCGACCCAGGCAAGGCUGCCCCAUCCGGAAGCCAGUCUGACUCUUACCGUCGCACUGGAUCCGCCUCGGGCCCACAGUCAUCCACCUCGAAUUACACCGCCACCACCGACAUUGGCAAGUCCGCCCCAUCCGGCAGCCAGUCAGACUCGUUCCGUCGCACUGGUUCCGCCUCUGGCCCACAGUCCUCGACCGCCAACUACACCCCAACUACCGACAUUGGCAAGCAGGCUCCAUCCGGAAGCCAGUCCGACACCUACCGUCGCACUGGUGCCGCCUCUGGCCCACAAUCAUCGCACGCUGAGUACAACCCAACCCUGGACCCAGGUAUGUCCACCGGUGUCUCUGGUGGUGGUGGUCAAGACUACUUCUCCCAUCACAACGACACUCAACAAUAAACAACCAACACCCUAUCAUCCUCCCCCCUGUCAUUAUAAC